AUGGGAAUCAUACCAGGCAGGAGCUACAGAAUAGUCAACGUCAAGGCGGGAAAAGUCGUUGACCUCUCGGGUACGGAGGGCCAUUCUAUCACAGGAUGGGAAUGGAAGGGCGGAGAUAACCAGAAGUGGAUUCCGGAACGACAGGACGGUCUAUGGACCUUUCGAAAUAAGGACAAAGGAAGCUUUUUAGGAAUCGCGGGGAUCCAGGUUGAUUUUGGAACGCGUCUGGCCGCUUCCGAUUUCCCCGUCCAGUGGGAUAUCGUACCCGAGGAGAGAGAUAUAUCUAUAUACCGUAUUUUUGUCCCGCGACAACCUUGUCCUCUGAAUGUCGAAUUGGGCGAUAAUGGAAAUGAGAGAAAUGGCACCCCUAUCCAGCUCUGGGGACGGUGGCCGGCAGAUCAUCAGAAUUGGCGCUUUGAAGAAGGUGAGAUAUAUAGAUUCGAGGUCUUGUUUUCGAGUGCUUAG